AUGUCGUCCAUCCUUUUUUGGAAUUGCAGGGGUGCCCGUAAGAAGCAAACUGGGCACUACUUGCGUAGCCUCAUUAGCAAUAAUGAGGUGAAUUUUGUUGGUUUGAUUGAAACCAUGGUGCAAGACUUCAGCCGAUUAGAGAUUAAUAAACUCAUUGGUUGUAACUGGGAUUUUUUUCAUGUUCCUGCUGUGGGUAAAUCAGGAGGAAUGUUGGCUUUAUGGAGGAAAGAUACUGUACAGUUUGAAGUAGUUAUGACAAUGGAGCAGGAGAUUGUUGGUAAUGUGGUGUUACCCAAUUUACAGAAAUGGGGAAUUGUUAUUGUUUAUGCUAGCAAAGAGUAUCAUACUAGAAGACUGUUAUGGAAUCAGAUUGGCCCACUGGUUAGCUCUGAUCUCCCAAUUAUAGUUAGGGGAGAUUUUAACUGUUGUCUGAACCAGGGGGAGAAGACAGGUGGAAGGAAAUUCAGCUACACUAUUGGUGCACAGGAGAUGGCAGAUUUUAUGUUUAUUAAUGAUAUGCAUGACCUGGGUUUUAUGGGACAGAAAUAUACUUGGUCGAAUAACAAGAGUAGUAACAGUAAGAUUUGGGUGCGAUUAGAUAGAGUUCUUAUGAACUCUAUUGGGCUCAGGUUGGCACCAUUGGCGACUGUUAAGCACCUCAUUCGUAUAGCCUCGUACCAUUGUCCUUUGAUGUUGAAUUUAGCUCCCAAUGAGUUGAAGAAUGGUACUAGAUGGCUGCGGUUUGAAGACAUCUGGAUAACUUAUCCAGCUACAUGGAAAAUAGUGUGGAGUAAGUGGCACAAGCAGGGUGUUGGACAGCCUGAUGAGAUUUUAAAUAGGACGCUUAAGGCACUAUUUUUCUGGAGCCAAAAUCGUCUUAAAGAAUUGGGUGAGUUGAAAAUUGCAUUGGAAAGUCGCAUUAAAGAACUUCAAAUGAUUGAAUGCUCGGCGGAUGGAUUGAAUGAAGAACAAGAUGGUGAGCUGAGAAGAAAUGCUGGGGAGCUUAAUUCCACGUUGGCAAGGUUGGCGACGUGGUGGAGACAAAGAGCUAAAAUAAAGUGGAUUGAGGAAGGGGAUGCCAACUCCCAUUUUUUUCAUUCCAAUGCUUCAGGUCGUAGACGGGGUAAUAGAAUCAUGGAAACUCAAAAACAGAAUGGUGAAUGUGUUGAUGACCCGAAUCUCAUUCAGAAAGAAUUUUGGCAUUUCUUUGUGUCGAAAUGGAAAGAGAGGCAGAUAUAUGUGAUGAAUUGGCAUGAUUUCUCACAGGAGAUAGGAUCCCUGAACAUAUGA